CGAUGAUUGAGGAGGUAUAAAAUGAAACCAUUACUUGAGGUUGAUUUAUUCGGUUCACUUCGAAAAAAAUUUUCAACUACUGUUUUACACGUUCCUCAAUGGUCAUCAUGAAUAAGUUCUUAUUGGUUACGCUGCUCAUCUGUGCAACCUUCGUUCACGCAGCGAAGAAAACAACGAAACAGUCUUCAAAAUCAGCGAAAGAUGAAUUUUCAGAUGAUGACACCCAGAAUCAGAAUUCAGAUCAAGAUGAAUCGUCUGAUGAAGACGACAGCAGCACUGACGAUGACAAAAGUGACGAUGAAGACGAUGACGAUGAUGAGGGAGAAAAAAGCAAAAGUUCGAAAUCUAAAGAAAGCAGUUCAAAACAAAAAGGUUCAAAGUCGAAACCAGCCAGUUCGAAAUCGAAAUCAAAAAGUACCUCGCUUCCAGCCCUAACCUGCGUAAUAUUUUCCAACAUCGGCUGCAAAGUCGAAUGCAUCCUGAUUGGAGCCCUAUACAACGUCAAAACCGAAGGAUCCUGUACCCCAAAAAACACCUGUCAUUGCACUAGCGCUCAAGAUUCCUCGCUAGACACAUUAUGGAAACGUAAAUUCAACUCCGACAGCGUACUCCGUCAAAUAAAAAAAAACUCUUCUCUGGCCAAGCAAGUCCGUCAAAAAUUAAAACAACCCUUUCGAACCGAGAAGCAAUCCAAACAAGAUCUAAAAUCUCUUCUUUCUGCUGAGCAAUUCAAAAAACUACGAACCAAAGAAGUUAGUUUAGCUUCGCAACUGACCAAAUCCAGUGGUAAGCUGGAUUACGAUAAUAUCGAAUCGUACGUGUUAGGGAUCCUAAAAUGGAUCAUGCCAGUGCCCAAUAAUCGACUUCGGGGAUACGAUUAUCGAAGUAAAUUGACGAAAGCUUUGAAGAAUGCAAAAAAUGCGGAUAUCCGACAACACUUGAUCAACGAGGUUCGUAGAUCGAAAAAUAAAGAUUUAGUUAAAAUUGUCGACGAAUACGUAAGAAAGAAUAAGGAGAAGAUCACAGCGGCGGAUAAAAAAACAGAGUUUGGGGGUAAAGAUAGUGCUGAUACGUUGGAAGAUUUUGUCAGUUUCACCAUAAUCGACGAAUUCAUCAGUUAUAUUAAAAAUGACAAAUGGCUUUCUGGCAAAAUCGUGAUUCCGUUCAAGAAAUCGUACUUGAAGAAGUUGUUGAUAGAUCGAAUUUCCCGAAUGCCAGUAAUUCCACCGAUACCCCCGAUGGCCCCCAUGCCACCGAUGCCUCCGAUGCCACCGAUGCCACCGAUGCCGGUAAUGCCUCCAAUGCCUCUAAUGCCUCCAAUGCCUCCAAUGCUACCGAUGCUCCCAAUGUUCUAAACUACACAGCGUGUACCUAUUUGGUAUGUAAUUGAAAAAGUAAACCUUAAAUUUGUGAAAUAUUUUUAAAUCUUUUAUUUAAUGAAGUGAGUAAAUACAAAGUGUUACUUUUUGAUUAGUCAA